AUGUCCAGCUUACACAUCAGUCUCAAAUUCGCUUUGGUAUGGAUUUUCCUUGCCGCAGUCGUUGAGAGUGCUCCUCUGGAUCCUGCGGAGGAAGUCACCGACUUCUAUCAGCUGUUCAACAAUCCCGAUGCGCAGCUAUCUUUGGCCAAGGCACCCACCACGCUUGAUUACAUCACAGAGCACGGCUAUCCAGCGGAGCGGCAUUAUGUGACUACCGAAGAUGGCUAUGUCGUCAGCAUCUUCCGCAUUCCCUACUCACACAAUCUGCAUAAUGAGCAACAGCAGCGUCCCAUCGCCUUUAUCCAGCACGGGCUCUUUGCCAGUUCCGAUGGCUGGCCCUGCCUAGGCCCCGACGAUGCUCUGCCCUUCCUGCUCUCGGAUGCUGGAUUCGAUGUUUGGCUGGGUAACGCCCGUGGUAAUCGCUACUCCAAAAACCAUACUUCCCUCUCCACAAGGCAUCCAAAAUUUUGGCGUUUCAGCUGGCAUGAGAUUGGCUACUACGACAUUGCAGCCUCCAUCGACUACACUCUUGCCACUGAGAACGGCAAGAGGCAGAAGAGCAUCCACUAUGUGGGCCACUCGCAGGGCACAACUGUCAUUUUCGCUUUGCUGUCCUCGCGGCCGGAGUACAAUGCGAAGAUCAAAACAGCUCAUAUGCUGGCCCCGGUGGCGUUUAUGGAUCACAUGGAUGAUUUUAUGGUGAACACACUGUCUCCCUUUCUGGGCGUCAACAAUCUCUACUCGAGGCUCUUUUGCUCGCAGGAGUUUCUGCCCCAUAAUGACUUCGUCUUGGCGUUGUUGUACAACGUUUGCCGUCCUGAUUCCGUGGUCUCUGGUUUCUGUAACAGCAGCAACAGCAGCAAUGAUAACGCAGCCAGAGAAGGACGUACCAAUACGACCGCUUCAACCUUGCUGACUGGCGUCUUUCCUGCUGGUAUCUCCACCGAUCAGAUUCUACACUACAUGCAGGAACAUCAAUCCGGACACUUUCGUGAGUUCGACUACGGCACCAAGAGGAAUCUGAAAUUCUACGGGACGGAUACACCAGCUGAUUAUCCCACCGAUCAGAUUACUGCAGAAAUGCACAUGUGGUACUCGGACAACGAUGAGAUGGCAGCGGUGGAGGAUGUCCUUCGUCUGAGUAUGACACUGCCCAAUGCAGUUAUGCACCACAUGGAUGAUCCGCUAUGGGACCAUGGGGACUUUGCCAUGAACUGGGAGGUGCGCAAGUACAUCAAUGAUCCAAUUAUCGCAAUCAUGAAUGAGCACGAGGAGGCAAACACACAGUGAUUAUAUUUUUAAA